AUGGACGACCUCAGUGACAGUCUACGCCAGCGUUCAGACAGCAUGAGCAGCUCCACGUCUCAGAGCUCCAGGUCCAAGAUGCUCCUCCGGCAGCGCCUGUCUCAGCUGCUCACCUGCAUAGAGGACAUGAGCUCUGACGACGAGGCCAAUGAGGAGGUUUCCCGCACGCUGGAUGAAGCCUUUCAGCUGUGUGGGCGCUACCUUCCCUCAGAUGCAUUCAGGCUGCACAUGGUGACCUGGAACGUUGCCACAGCCGAGCCCCCUGAAGACGUCACCUCUUUGCUGCAACUAGAUGUCCAGCCCCCUGCAGACCUCUAUGUGAUCGGCCUGCAGGAGGUGAAUGCCGCCCCAAUAAGGUUCAUCUCUGACCUGCUGGUGGAGGACUCCUGGAGUCAUGUUUUCAUGGACACUUUGGCACCUAGAGGUUUCGUUAAGGUGUCAUCAGUGAGGAUGCAGGGUUUGCUGCUGAUCAUUUUUGCCAAACAGGUACAUCUCCCCUUCAUCAGAAACAUCCAGACAACCUACACUCGCACCGGCAUCUUUGGCUACUGGGGUAACAAAGGAGGAGUAUCUGUGCGUUUCUCCUUCUACGGUCACAUGGUGUGUUUCCUCAACUGCCACCUUGCUGCUCACAUGAACUACGCUCUGCAGCGUGUCGAUGAAUUUGAGUACAUUCUGGAAACACAAGAGUUUGACAUCUUGGACACGCCAUACGUCCGAGACCACAAGGUGGCAUUCUGUUUUGGGGACCUGAACUUCCGAAUUGCAGACCAUGGCUUACACUUCCUCCGCUCGUCCAUCAACAGUGGACGUCUUCAUCUGCUUUGGGAAAAAGACCAGCUCCUCAUGAUGAAGAAGAAGGAACCUUUCCUUCAAGAGUUUGAGGAGGGGCCGUUAAACUUCAAACCCAGCUACAAGUUUGACCGUAACUCAGAUACCUAUGACACCAGUGGUAAGAAGAGGAAACCUGCCUGGACAGAUCGGAUCCUGUGGCGCAUCAAGCCCAAAACUCCUCUAUCAGAGGACAGUGAGGAGGGUGAGAAGGCGUCAACUUCUGCCGAUGAUGAAGUUGAUGAGUAUCCACUCCUCGUCACACAGGACAAAUACACCAGUGACAUGAGCUACGGGGUCAGUGACCACAAGCCUGUCAUUGCAACCUUCAGCCUGGAGCUGAGGAAGCACUUUGACACUCCACUGGUGCACAUUUCUCCUCUGGGUGUUUGGAGCGCUGAUCAGGAUGCCCUACUUACCUACACUGUCCAAGAAGAGUUCGAGUCCUCCACAUGGGACUGGAUCGGCCUCUACAAGGUGGGAUUCAAGAGUGCAUCUGAUUACGAAACCUUUGUUUGGGUCAGAGAGGAAGACUGGGCUGAGAUAAAUGAAGUCAUACAGAUAUCAGUGGAUAAGAACGAGAUCCCUCUGCUUGGUGGACAGUACGUAUUGGGCUAUUUCAGUACAAACAUGCAGAGCAUCAUUGGCCUCAGUGCAAACUUUCAGAUCCUGGAGUCAAAGCGGGCCGUCAUGGAAGGCCUCGUUCCCGAGAACAUGAACGGGCUCGACAAGUAA